UCAUGGGAAUCUCUGUUUGGAUAUACAAACUUGCAAGGUCAGUAAGAGUACUGACAAAAGAUAAAUCACCUCUUAACAAUAAAAAAAAAACCUGAACACUGAAUUUACCACUCUCCCUGAUGGAUUCCACGAUUUUUUUUCUUUUCUGUAAGAUAUGUGUCUGAUAGAAGCAUAUUAAAUUUUGGAUAUUUAUGGGAGUUGGGGUGUGAAACUAGUUUUAAAAAUGGCAAUCCACUCAGGAAGUAACACCUUCCAGUUUGUGAAAAUUACUCUAUAAUUUUUUUAAACAAAGUGACAGUGUUUAGCAAUUAGGGUGGAGGAUUUUUCAAAUAUAUAAUAUGGUGGUGAUCAGGAUGAUUUCUUCAGAAAGCAUCUACUGAAGAGUUACCCUUCACUCCACCCAACAAGCAAGUCUGAAACAACAGAGUCUGACAUGAAGGCUUCCAUUUUCCUUCCCUUUGUGUUCGCGGCCAUGUUCUCAGUGACUUCAACCCAGACUUGGAAAUCCAGUGUUUUUAAACCACAAGAAGGUCCAGAGCCUGCAUUUAUUCUAGAGAGAAAAAAUGAAGCUAACCAUCAAAGAGAACAGCAGGCAUCUAAUCAGCAAGGAGGUGGCAACACAGAAGGAAAACAAGUGACAUUUAGCCUGCAAGGACGACCAGAGUAUUCUAAUCAGCCAGGAAAACAAGGAAAUUUUAAUCAGCAAGAAAGGCCAGGAGUUCUCAAUCAGCCUGGGAGUCUGCAAGAGAAUUCAAGGGACUGUAAUCAAAAAGGGAAUGCCGAAGCUUCUAAUAAACAAGGAAGACCUGGAUCAUCUAGCCAGCAAAGGGAUCCAGGGCCAUCUAGUCAGAAAAUGAAGCCAGGGUCAUCUGGCCAGCCAGGUGGUUCAGGGUCAUCUAGCCAGGGUUGGCAUCCAGGGUCAUCCAGCCAGCAAGGGAAGCCAGAAUCAUCUGGCCAGCAAGGGGGUUCAGGGUCGUCUAGCCAGCAAGGGAAGCCAGGAUCAUCUGGCCAGCAAGGGGGUUCAGGGUCAUCUAGCCAGCAAGGGAAGCCAGUGUCAUCAAGCCAGCAAGGGGGUUCAAUGUCAUCUAGACAGCAAGGAAGACCAGGAUGGUAUAGCCAACAAGGGAAAUCAAGGUCUUUUUAUAAUCAAGAAGAAAGAAAAACUGUAGGCAACCCUUUGAGUGCCAGUAUAACGGACAUUCAGACUGACAAAACCAGCAGCAAGAACCCAACUGGACAUACAAAAUGUCAGUCUAUCUACAAGCCAGUCUGUGGUUCUGAUGGAAAAACCUAUGGGAAUCGUUGUGUAUUCAAUGAAGCCAAAAGGAUGAGUAAUGGAAAACUGAGUCUGAACUAUGAAGGGAAAUGCUAGCUUUGACAGCAACCGAAUUGCCUGGAACCUCAAAAUCUACUUUCACUUCUCCUUAAACAAUGGGUUUCCUUGGGCGUUCUGCUGAGGUCAGCAAAAGUCUUGCCAAUAGGAUGGAUCCUUCAUUAUUUUCAAGGUUGUUCCACUACAAAUAAAGUCAGUUCC